AGAAAUGUACAACCCCCCUCAGAGCUUUGCUAUAAAUGUGCUUUCUGAAGGUGCACACAAAUCAUAAGACUCUGGAUCAGGAGAUCCACUUUGGGUUUUUAUAAAGUGCCUGUGAGACUUUCACGAUGUCUGACUUGGACGCCCAAUGGGAGGCAUACAAGCAAAAGUUUGGGAAAGUAUAUGAUCCGGAGGAGGAUAAGGUCCGCAGAGCGAUUUGGGAGGAGUCACUGAAGCGAGUGGAAGCCCACAACAAGGAGGCAGAUGAAGGCAAGCACACGUGGUGGAUGGGCAUCAACCAGUUCUCUGACAAGAAACCAGAAGAACCGCUGCCUUGUGGCCUAAUUCAGCCUCCAUUUGUAGAAGAAUGGAAUACAAUGCAAUCCCACAAAUAAUAAAUACUUGCUUCUGUGAAAUGUUUCCUAUGUGCAUGUUAUAGUAUUCAUUUCUUGAGGAUGAUUUGGUUGGGGACAAGUCAAACCAGUCAAGUAUUUGUUUGUCACAUACAGUAUAUGUGUAUACAUUAUAUGUGUAUAGUAUUUUUUUUUUUUUUUUUGUGCAGCGUGGGCUGAAAUUGGUGUGAUGAUUUUAACAAAGAACAGUAUUUGUGAAAAUACCUUGCCAAAGAAAUACCAACAUAUAUUAAAUAAACAUUGUUAUAUCAUACUUUA